GUCAAAUCUGUCAAGUCAAAUCGUUAUUCGUUUUCGUAGGUUCGGUUUUCGGUGUUUUAUGUUUUAGACACAUUAAAUCUAAAUAAAAAUAUGAAAAUAAUUUUGCAAUAUUAGCUACGAUUUUUAAAGAUAUUCAUUCACGAAGAUGGCGCAUUGUGCAUAAUUCAGAAUGCCUCCAGUGAUUUCUAGGACUAAGAAGAAUGGCGCUGAGUACGAGAAUGUACUCAGCAACAAAAGCAAUGUGCUUGAUUUUGAAAAAUAUAUUCAAGAGAACAAAACAUUGCUACUUAAUGAUCCACUAAGAGAUAUUUUAUUGUAUCCUUCUGAUGAUGUGUCGAGUGUAGUGCUGCCUCGCCGGUGGAGGACAGUCACCACAGCAGUUCCUGAUGUUCGGACUGCGGCAGCCUGCUCUCUACUCACGAGGCAGGCCCUAUUGAGUUACGCUUCUAGUUGGAAUCUUGUUCACUAUAAGUACAGCAGCUAUUCUGGCUCUUAUCUAAACUUGCCUAGAGCAAUAAACAGCAAGCUACCCGAAGAAGUUUUCGACAUUGACGCCGAAACUGAAAACGAAAAUGACGCUCAAGCGAAGGUGGACGUUGGUACCAAAGAGGGUCACUUGCUCAAAGGACCCGAAAUCGGCUCAGAUAGAAUAUUUGGCAAUCUUGCAUCAAAAUCAUUUAAGAAACGCUACUGCUCAAUGGUUAGAGAGGCGGAUGGCGCCUAUAUACUCGAAGUAUAUAAAGACGAAAAGAAAACUGACACGAAGCUCACGAUUGUUAUGGACUUUUGUUCGGAUGUUGUGAAGAAUCCAAAACGCGGAAGGUUUUGUUUCGAGCUGCGAAUGUCUGGUAACAAGGGGUACACGUUUGCGGCGGACACCGAGGAGGAAAUGAACGAUUGGAUCAACGCGUUCAAAGCGGCACUCAAGAAGAAUCAGGACCAGGAAUCGCAUCAGUCUGAUGAGAUUUUGGAUAAAGAUGCGGAUAUAUCCCUCACAGCAGAGCCUCCCCCUCCAACGUAUGGCACGUUGAAGGGUCUGGAGCACAGUAUGAACCCACUGCUGAUGCGGUACUCCAGAGAGACGGACCUGUCUAUAGCGGCGGCGCGUAACGAGUGCCGGGCGAAUGUCUUCACGCUGCCAUACAAGAGGACACCAUCGCCCGAGCCACAGUUGGAGCCUUUCAAGGAACAUUUUGGCCAAAGAAUAUUGCUCAAAUGCGAAAGCUUAAAGUUUAGGUUACAAGCGCCGAUAGAUGGCGACAAGGAGCUCCUGUGCCAAGUGGAGCCCUACUUCACGUACAUAGCGUUGUACGACGCGCGUGGCGGCCGCAAGCUCACAGAGAACUUCCACUUCGAUCUAAACCACCCCGCCGUGAGGGAUCUAGUCAAAGAGAACGAAUGCACAAAGUCAUUAGUAGAAAAUUUUAGCUGCGACGUUAAGUUAGAUGUUAAACAAAUACCCGAAGAGUGGUUUAGAUCAAAACGACAGAUGGUGAUGUCAAUAAAUAAUCCUCAUCCAGAUUUGUUUUUAGUAGUAAAAAUAGACAAAAUCUUGCAAGGCCACGUCAGUCAAGUACUGGAGCCGUAUAUGAAGGCUACAAAGGACCCUCGAUUAGGACUCAAAGUUCACAAGACCGUGCAGUCGUAUGCCAAUCGCGUUGGAAACUAUAGGAUGCCUUUUGCCUGGGCUGCAAAACCGUUGUUUAAAAUGUAUAGCAACGAUUUGGACACGACUCCCGAAUUCCCCGCAAUAUACCGCCAAGAGCCGAACAAAAUGUCCGAUGAGGACUUAUUAAAAAUUCUCUCCGACUACAGAAAGCCCGAGAAACUCGCCAAGUUAGCCGUCAUACCCGGAUGGCUAAGCAUCAGUAUACAGCAUAGCGUUGAACAAAUACCAAAUUGUAUGACCAGCGCAUACGCAGCAUUGAAACCGUAUCCAUUGCCACCUACAUCGCCGCUCACGCUAGAGCUGGCGACGUUGAACCAGGAAGCGGAGCAGCCGUACGCAGCGUACAUCCACCAUUUGUACGUGCGACCGCUGGCCUUGAAUUUCGAGUCGCAGAAAAUGUUCGUCCGAGCGAGGAACAUUGCCUGUUCUAUAGAACUGAAAGAGAGUGAUGUCGGUGAUGUAAAGCCAUUACAGGUUAUAUACGGCCGCAUUGGCAUGACGUCACAGUACCGCUGCUCGGUUCUUCACCACAACACGAAUCCCAACUGGAGCGAUGAGGCAAAGAUCCGUCUACCGGCGACUAUCACACCAACUCACCAUUUGCUGUUCACCUUUCACCACAUCUCGUGCGAUCUUGCCAAGAAGAAUGAUACCAACGUAGAAACAUGCAUUGGGUAUGCGUGGGUUCCAUUAUUGAAAAAUGAUAAAUUCAUUGACGAAAUUGUCAACUUACCCAUUGCCACUCAUUUGCCAUCUGGUUAUUUAUCUAUCCAACCGCUAGGGCUUGGAAAAGGGAAUACAGGUCCAGAAGUGGUAUGGGUGGAAGGAGAGAAGCCUUUAUUCCGAUGCCAUCUUAUACUCGAUUCAACUGUAGCUACCCGAGAUGUGCAUCUACACAAUCUGUUCGCUCAAAUAGAGAGGCUGGUCAAAACUAGCUCACCCCCCACUUCACCUUCCCCGCCGCCCUGGCACGACGUGUGUAACGCCCUUAAGGCUGCACACGCAAUCAACUUGAGUUCACUUGUAGCGUUCCUACCGACGAUAUUUAAUCAGCUGUUUGAUCUCAUGACAAUUGAAAAAGGUUACACACAGGAUAUGGGAUUCCAAGUCGUAAAAUUAAUCGUACAUUUUGUUCACUUGAUACACGAUUAUGGAAGGAAAGAUCUAGUGGACAGCUAUGUUAAGUAUGUAUUCAAUUGUGUGGAAUUCAAACUCCAUACAGUAUUGACGGCACCAAUGCACAUGUUCGUGGACCCUAACCAGCAGGACUUCCUGCUGUGUCACAAGUUCAUGCAGUACUCCAGUUUCUUCUUUGAUAUCAUCAUCAAGAGCAUGGCACAGUACUUGAUCAACACUGGCCGGAUUAAGAUGUCUAGAAAUGAGAGAUUUCAUAGCGAUUUGAUGGAGAAUAUUGACAAGUUAGUGACUACAGUUGAGCCGUCUUACAUAUUACAACAGCCAAUGCAAACGCAUAUCUUUAACAAGAAUCUUGCGAUAUUUCUCAAAUCUUGCCUUUCAUUCAUGGACAGAGGUUUCGUGUUUCGCCAAGUGAAGAAAUAUUUGGAGAAGUUCAAAACUUGCGACCCUAAAGCGUUGUUUGACUUCAAGUUUACGUUUUUGCAGACUAUCUGUUCGCAUGAGCACUAUGUUCCUUUCAACUUGCCGCUACAAACAAACAAACUAGCCAAAGAUUCUGAUGAAGAUCCUGCGAAAUUAAGACUGACUGACGAGUUUAUUAUGAGGCAUUUUCUUGCUGGGAUACUGCUUAGACAGGUGGAGCAAUCUCUACGCGAGGCGCCUCAGAAGCGCCGCUCCGCGUUGAGCGUGCUCCGCAACUUGCUCACGAAGCACGAGCACGACGACCGCUACCGCACGCGGCAAACGCGCGCGCGCCUCGCGCAGCUAUACGCGCCUUGGCUCAACAUUGUGCUCGAUAACGCACAUCGUCUAGUAACUAAGACUCUUGCUAGUCCAGUGCUAGAGAACGGAUUCGACAAAGUAGACGGCGACGCGACCACUAACGCAGCACUGAACAGCACGCAGAAAGACGUCGCUUCCGCCAACAGCACGCCACGGAGGAACAGACUAACAUUGCACUUCGAUCACACGCCCAUAAGGAACUCUGCACACUUUAAGGAACCCCCUGUUAUCAGUAACAAUUUGUAUGGAAAAGAUAACGCGAAUAGCAUGUCGCAAAGCUCUCUAGAGUCAGUGUCGACGAUGUCGGGCGGCGAUUCGUUGCCGCGGAACACUCGACUAGAUCUCAGCGAGAUCGGUGACCAAGUCAACAGAUUCGGUGUGAUGUCCGCGGAGGAGGUGCGCGAUGUGCUUAUGUGUUUCCUGUUUGUGUUGAAGUAUUUGGACGAGGACCGCCUCGUGGAGUGGUGGCGGACGCAUUCUCAGGCGCAACAGCACGCGUUCUUUAAUGUUUUAGAAAUAUGUGCAGAACAGUUCCAAUACGUGGGCCGAAAAAAGAUUCUAACAGAGCUGCGAGUGCCAUCGCCGGAUUGUAACGGAAAGCUUAAGCCGAUGAAAGCUAGGACUCUGCCCGCUAGGAUGAGCCCACCGGACUUCUCUAAAGAACCACCUAUCAUUGUCGAGAAAAAUAACACAGUCAAUAGGGAAAAUCUAGUCAAUACUUCGGUCACAACUGAAUUAGAAACAUUGUCGGAACACGCGGUUUUGUCUGCGGGCUGCUUAGCCACGGAGGUCGGGCUCACGAUCAUAGACCGCGCGUGCCUCUUCAUGAGGAACCUCGGCGUGGCGGAGGGCGUGGCCGCCAAGCCAUACCUCAAGCUGCUGCUGUACCCGCAGAGUGACACGCUGUAUAAACACUUAUUCGCCGCACUACGAGCGUAUAUCAAUCAGUAUUCAGAAACGCUGUUUGAAGGUGGCAGCACGCUCUGCGCCGGUAUAGUGAGUCCGGUGGUGAAGCUGUGCGAGGCGCGCGCGGCGUGGCUGCGGCGCGAGGCGGCGGCCGCCCUGUACCUGCUCAUGCGCGCCAACUUCCAGCACGGCACGGGGGGGAACCUCACUAGAGUGCACCUGCAGGUUAUCAUAGCUGUCUCCAAAUUGCUAGAUAACUCUACAGCACUGAACUGUAAGCGUUUUCAAGAGUCGCUCUCAGUGAUUAAUUGUUUUGCGACGGGCGACAAAGCUAUGAAAGGAACUGGUUUAUCCAGUGAAGUCGCGGAGCUGAUGCGACGCGUGCGCACGGUGGUGGGGGCGCGCGCGCGGCUCGCGGGCGUGGGCGGCAGCGCUGGCGCUGGAGCCGGCAGCGUACACCUGGCCGAGCUGCAGCACGCGCUGGCCGCGUCGUGCCGCGCCACGCCGCGCCUGCGACACGCGUGGCUGGCUACGCUCGCGGAGCACAACGCGCGCCACUGCGACCACGACGAGGCCAUGUGCUGUCACCUACACAUAGCGGCGCUGAUAGCCGAGUACUUGAAGUUGCGCGGCACGCAGAGCUGGGGCGCCGAGGUGUUUGGCGACCUCUCCCUCAACAUACCGCCCGACGAGAGCGGCCUCAAGAUAGACGAAGGCAUGGCCGACGUCCAUUACAACGAACAAGCCCUGCUCGAUCAACUGGUGCUAUGCACGGAGUACGUCGACAAGGCCGAACGAUACGAACUGCUCGGUCCGCUGUACCGUCUCGUGAUUCCCAUAUACGAGCGAAGGAAGGACUACCAGGCCCUCCUCACCUGUUACCAACACCUCACAAAAGCCUACGCGAAAGUCAUAGAGGUGACGAACUCUGGGAAACGACUCCUCGGAAGGUUUUACAGAGUGGCCUUUUUCGGGAAAGCUCAUUUCGGGGAGGACGAGGAGGGCAUAGAGUUCAUUUACAAAGAGCCGAAGUUGACGUCUCUAAGCGAGAUAUCGGAGAAGCUACAAAAUUUUUACGAACAAAAGUUUGGUUCCGGCAAUGUCAAGAUGAUAAUGGAUUCAGCGCCGGUAGUCCGCGAAGAGUUGGACAGCAAGCUAGCUUACAUCCAAGUGACGUGGGUUCGAGCAUCACCGGAAGGAAUGGCGGCCACUCAUUCAGGGGGCGAAGGCUCCUUUGACAGAGUCCACAACGUCAGACGAUUCGUAUUCGAGACCCCCUUCACCAGGGACGGAGCAGCGCGCGGGCCAGUCCAUCAUCAGAGGUUACGACUGACUCAUCUGACCGCUGAGAACUGGUUCCCUUACGUCAAACGUCGGGUUCAGGUGAUAGAAACUCAGGUGGAGGAGAAAAGCCCCAUAGAGGUAGCCAUGUCCGAGAUGGAGAGUCAGGUCGCUGAACUAGCUGAGAUCGUCAACGCCAAAGCUCCCGACAUUAAGAAACUGCAACUUAGAUUACAAGGCAGUAUAUGCGUGCAGGUGAACGCUGGCCCCUUGGCGUACGCCAACGCAUUCCUCGACCCCACGCUGGCUCUCAUGUAUCCCGAUGACAUGGUGGACAAACUAAAAGCUGUAUUCAAGGAAUUCCUGACAGUUUGCCACGCAGCUCUGCAGCUCAACGCUAAGCUCAUAAGCUCCGACCAAGUGACGUACCAAGAAGCGUUAGAAGCCAACUACUACAAGCUAAGCGACUCGCUGUCCAGUGUGCUCGGUCAGCCUUUACAAGACAUCCUGCUCAACGGGAACCUCAGCACCACUGUCACCGGCGUCGAAAUGGAAUCCAGUAACGCUUGAAACACGCCUUAACCUAACACUAUUCUAGUCUGAAUCUUAUUUUUCUUAUACACCGUGCUAGUUUCACCGUCUGUAAGCCGCCCCAACAUAUUAGUCCAAUACAAGAACCCCCUAAACAAUUUUUAAAAUCACCUUAAGUUAAUUUACACGCUAGCGAAAAAAUUUUCAAUUUUAAAUUAAAUUUAAAACAUCUUGCUUAAUUCUGUUUUGUAAAGAAGUCAUUGAACUUUGACCUAGUUUAGGCUAAAGUGAAUGACCUCAAAGGGACCGACGAGCCGCAUAUCGGCGUCGCGGCGAAUAGGUAGGUUUUUGAAAAUACAGGAUAUUUUGUUUUUUUACACUAAUGGAUAAUAGAUAUUGGGUACAUUAAGUGGGAUUUCAGUUUAAGACGAAGGAAACUUCACGGUGUAUAAUGAAUUGCUUUUCUUUAAGACUAAGUUACUCGAAGAGUUUCUCGUAUGAAAAUACUUAGAACGAAACGUUCACAAUGAAAACUUUCAUUGUACAACUUAGCCAUUAGGAUUGCUAAAACUCCAAAUAAGCUUGUCUGAUUUGCAUAAUUUAUUUUCGUCUGAUAAGCGUACGUUCUUUGCCACUGCGGUGGUAUAGUCACAGCCUGACUAUCAGGGUUAUUAUGUAUCUCGGUGUACCACUUAAAUAAUGAGUCACUACAUCGUUUUUCGUGGUAAUUUGGUUUUUGUGGUCAUCUAACAAACGAACGAACUAAGUACUACUACUAAUACUUCAACAAACUGAACGACAGUUUGGUGGUGAUUGCAAAAUAGAAAAUAUAAAAAAAUGUGUAUAGCUUGGCGAUGUGUAUAGUUUGUUAAUGACGCUCCCAUGAUAUGCGGGCGACAGGGGACUGCGCGGGUGUAAAGUCAUGCGCGCGGGGCAUCGCUACCCCCCUCACCCUCCCGGCCCUCGCGGACGAAUUUACCAAGUUAUAGUGUAUCAUUUGAAUGGUACACCGUCAUACAUAAUAACCCUGCUGACUUGACCCAAUUUAAAAAAUAUAUUUCCUACAUUAACAUCAGAGCCUCGCAAUGCAAAAACCAACGCUUUCUUCGCUUAUUCAUUGAAAACUGGUCUAAAAUUGAUAUUAUAUAUUGAUAGAUUUGUCACAAUUGAACACUAUUGCAUUUCGUCCAAAUUUUCCACUAUAUUUAGCAACGCGAACUAUUUUAAGUAGAAGCAUAAAUGUCUUUUUUUAUGUAAGGAAUCUCACAAAUAUGGCUAUAUUGAUAACAAUAAUAAUAUUCGAUAGUGAGUUUAAUCAUAGUGAUCUUUUUACGGGAACUUUUUAGAUAGCAUUAAAUGACUAUCAAUCUUAUUAAUUACCUACAUUAGUAAAUUAUUUGUUACGUAUUGUCGUAUUAUACAUAAUUAAUCUUCGUAUUAGCAAUGUCUAAAUAUAAUAAUACUUUGAAUUUUUUUGAAUAUAAACUAUUGUGAGUAUGGUUCCGGGGUUGGUUUAUUAACUAAGUAAUAUUAAUUAAUAUCCAAAUUUGGGUUUGUUUCUCUGUUACAUUUUGACGACUUUGCGCAAUAGAUUAUCAAAAAAUUGAGUACCUAAAUAAACAAAUAAAUUAUAAAAUAGGUAAAUAAGUAUCUGUCAGGGUUAUCAUACCGAAAAUGACGUUUAAACCAUAGCUCCUUAAUGCUGCCAGUCCACCGAAGCGGAGCGAGGCAGCGGAGCCGAGAAACGGGGCAAUAUUAACCAAUAGGAUUGCACAAAAUUUCCGCCCCUCUUAAGUAAACAGGGACUUGCGAGCUAGUUUAAGAAUUCAUGUAAAACGGGUAAGCGGAGCGGGGAAUCACAUGUGAGGAACAGAGGAAGUUUCUUCGGCAAAAUAUUCGCUCCGCAGCCACACUCCACUCGGUGGACAGACACAGUAUGCAACUCCGCUUCGCAUUGGUACGUUUCUCCGCUACGCUCUCUCGCUUCGCUUUGAUGGACAGGCAGCAUAAGGAUAAGGAAAUAGCUUUUAUACUGUUAUGCUGCAUAAACAAUUGUUAAAAUCUAUAUUAACGCGAGCGAAACCGCGGGCACAGCCUAAUAAUAAAAAAUAAACGAAUCUCGUAAUUGUUCGACUAUAACUCACUAGUUAUCUUUAUUCUAUCUUCCCUUCCUUGGCCGAAAUAAUUUAUUAUCCAUGCUACUUAUAGUACGAACGUAAAAAGCCUACUGCUAAUAAUUAGAAAUUAACUGUUAACUGUUUACUGUUAACUGUUUGUUAAUAUAACUAACUUUGUAACUUUUACAUACGAGUCAAUUACCUUUUCCAUCCCAUUUACUGCAACGAAUUGGCUUGAAUUUAGCUGAACUGACUAAAGUCAAAUUAUAUUAUUGUUCAAUUUCUACACAACAAUUUUAUCCUAAUCACUCAAAAAUCGCAUUAAUAUCUAAGGUAUUAAACCAAUCAUGUAGGAUUUUUAUGAACUUACUUCAUGCAUGCAGUCAGUAAAAAAGAACACAAUUUUAAUAAACAAAAUUCAUAAUAGCCAGCUAAAACUAUGUGUGAAAUUAAGUCUUACAAACAUCACCAUUAUCAACCCAUUUUCGGCUCACUGUUGAGCACGAGUCUCCUCUCAAUAUUUGAGAGGGGUUAGGCCAACGGUCCACUACAUACUUCUAAAAUAAGGAAUCAGGUACACACCCUUAAAAUCUCAUAUUAUUGAUUAUUAUACUAUUGUGCGCCAUUUAUAAUAAUAUUCUUAUUAAAAAUAAAGGUAAUGUUUUCGGCAUACUAUUUUUCAGACAAUAAUAUGCAUAUAAUUUUUUUUCUAAAUGACAAUACAAAAACCAAAGUCCAAAAUCGUAAAAGUGCUCAUAAUUUUAAUAAAUGUUUUACUAAAAAAUAAAUUCGUCGUUUAUUUUUAUCAUUUAUACAAAAUAGUUAAAGCAAAAUAAUAUAAUCAUAUUGAAAUAAGUAUAAGUUUAAUAUUCAUUAUUCUAUUUAUUUGUAUUUAAGAACUAUACUUUAAGGUUUAUCAGGUUAUUAUAAACAAAACAACCACCAUAUCAAAUAAAACCCAGUUCCUCAGUAAUACGUACACAUCUUUGCAUGAAAUAUUAACAAUCAAUGGCGUAGCUAUCCCAGGGGCUAGACGGUGCAAUGCCCCGGGCCCUCAAGCUUAGGGAAUCCUCGAAUCCUUAUCAGAAAAUCGUAUUUUUUUAAUAUGACCCCUCUAAUUAGUCCGGAAAGACCGUGUUAGGAGUGGGUACGACAAUAAACCGACGGGGCGGGGAUCGUACCACCACUGAUGUAGUGAUGAGACUGACCACUCUUUUAUUAUAUAGCUAUUGAGGCUAAUUAAACUGAACUUACAAAAUUUCGAAAACGAAAAAGAGCUGAUGAAUAUUUUUAGUUGAUAAAAGUUUUUUAGUUGAUAGAAGUUGAUAACAAAAAUUGAUGCAAGUUCAGAUAGUAUAGUGGGCCCCAUUUCUUUAUUUGCACCAGGGCCCUUGGUUACCUAGCUACGCCACUGAAUACAAUUAUGUAGUUUUAUAUAAUUUGAUGAACUUAUUUAAUAAUUUUAAAGUAUUAGUAGCACUGGUUGAUGUUCAGUUGAAAUUUUAUUUUAAAAUGUUUAUAUCAGUUUAACUUAUUUUUGUUGGUAGGUAUAGAUUACCUAUUAGUUGUCGUAAAUAACUUCGAUAUAAGUGUAAUUUACGUAAGAAUAUGUUCACUGUUUUGUUAAAAAAAAAAAUAUUAUAUAAGAACCUAAAUAACUGACUGGUAUUUACACAAAAUCUAUUUACAAUAUGUAUUGGAAUUUUGGAACGACUAGGAUGAAUACUAAUGACAUAAUUGUGGUCAUGCAUUGCAACACAAACCUUAAGACAUAUAAUUAUGAAUCUUACGGCAUUAAAAAUGAGUUUUAUAUUUGAAACUAAAUAAUAUAUCAGAAGAUUAACAAAACAUUCAUUUUAUGCUCUUUUCAUUCCAUUUAAUUUAAUAAUUUAUGUUAUCACAAUACUUAAUCAAUGUAAUAUAAUAAUAUCUACCUUCAGUGGCGUAACUUAAGGUUAGCAGGACUGGCACGAGCCUACGCCUCGAGAGGCUGUGAGUCAGAACUAGGGUAACAUUAAAAAAAAAUACAAUGCCCAGUUUUCUGAGGCCCAGGGACCUCUGAUUGUAUUGUUACGUCACUGGCUACCUUAUAUUUCCUAAUAUAAUUUGUUGAUAAAAUAUCAAAACGCUUCAUAGCAUAGUAUUCCUUAUCGCUGGCAAUCCUCUCUUACUCAAAUAAAAAGUUGAUACGACUUAUGGCACAUUAGACACACCAUGUUUUAGGAUAUCAUUUUUAAUCUUGAACAUUUUAUUUAUUAUUGGACAUCAUUUGCUUAGCGUCCCGACUAAGAUAUAGUCGUGUUUAUUUAUGUACUAUCGUACUUAAAGUCCUUUGUACUAUUAUUUAAAACUUUUACUUGUAUGUCAAUAUUUAUGGAAUGUAGGUAGGUAAUGUACCACCAUAAAAUAUAGUAUUGUAUGUAUAUUAAGUGUAUUUAUAUAAUGUAGUUACUAUGUAUCUUUGCACAAAUUAAUAUAAAUAUCGAGAAUUUUGUAUCUUAUUAAUCUGAAUAUUGUAAUCUGAAUUUCAUGUUUUAAUACAUUUGUAAGAAUAUAA